GAUUAUUUUCCAGAGAGGUAGAGAGAUCGAUUUGCUUAUUCCGAAUCUCUCAAGGAAGAGAAUCUUCCAAAACUCUGAAAUCAAGGAGAAAAAGUAAGGGAAGCGAAGAAUUGGAUGAGAAGAAGCGAAAAUGGAGGGCGAAGAGGAGCGGCAGCUGAAACAAACAAUGGAGGAUGAGAAGAGAAAUAAUAAGAGCUCUGUUGUUAUAAGGAUCCCUACACACGAAGAGGUCUUCGAGAUUUCUCAGCCAAAACCUCCUCCUUCCCUCUUCCGUCCCUCUUCCUCAUUCUCUGAAGCCUUUUCUUUCUUAAAGAACACCGAAUUCUACACAGCUCCACCUGAACCACCACAGCCUUCGCUGAGGGCUGAUAACGACACUUCUAGCCAAAGCCAAAUUGCACAAGCAGAAGCUCCUCCUUCUUCUUCAUCUUCUGCUACGGCUGCCGUUGGUGGUGGUGGUGGAAUUUCUGCUUCUGUUCCCUCUUCUUCUUCACCACAUGUUUCUGUUCAGAAUCGCAAUGCUAUUCUUGUAAGCCAUCGGCAGAAAGGAAACCCCUUAUUGAAACAUAUCCGAAACGUGAGAUGGAUGUUUGCAGAUGUUGUUUGUGAUUAUUUGCUGGGCCAGAACUCAUGUGCUCUGUAUUUGAGUCUACGGUAUCAUCUGCUUCAUCCAGAUUAUCUCUAUUAUCGAAUAAGGGAGCUGCAGAAGAACUUCAAGCUCCGUGUGGUUCUUUGUCAUGUCGAUGUGGAGGAUGUAGUCAAGCCUCUACUUGAAGUUACAAGGACAGCUCUGCUUCAUGAUUGCACUCUUCUAUGUGGGUGGAGUUUGGAGGAAUGUGGUCGAUAUUUGGAGACCAUAAAAGUUUAUGAAAACAAGCCUGCAGACAUUAUUCAAGGGCAAACAGAUACAGACUAUUUAUCUCGGUUGCAUCAUUCCCUUACAGCGGUUCGACGUGUUAACAAGACUGAUGUUGUUACUCUUGGUUCUAAUUUUGGGUCUCUUUCCCGCAUCAUGGAUGCAUCCAUGGAAGACCUUGCUCGAUGCCCAGGCAUAGGUGAACACAAGGUAAGACGAUUGUAUGAGACAUUCCAUGAACCAUUCAAGCGUUCUGCAUUCAGCCGACCCACUGCUGUUCCUGAAGCUCCUGUCCAAGAUGCUGCUGCACCUAGUUCAAUAGACAAUGAUGUGGAAGCUGCGGAAGAAUGUAUUGCAACAAAGCAGAAGAAAAAAGACCCUGAUUUGAUAAUGAAAUCAGCACUGAGUGCUGCUUUUGCCAAAUAUUCAGAUAAAAUUUGUAAAAAGAAGGAAGAAAUUGUGGAUCAUAAUGAUGAAGAUUUUGAUGUUGCUUCAUCGAACGAAAAACCUCGAAAAAGGAAACCAAAUGAGGAGGCUGCAAGCUGAGGUAAAAUAUUCUAGAUAAUGAAUGGAACUUGACAGAACAUACAUUCUGUGUAAGCUUGAGGGGUUCAGCACUUGAGAAAUUGCAAGGAAGCAAGAAGAAGAAUCACCCUUCCUUGGCAUGAAUUAUCGACUGAAAGAUAUGAGAUCGUUGCGAGGUUUCCUAUUGUUGAUUUGCUUCUGGGCCUAUUCAGUCGGAGCUCCAUCUGUAGUAGUCUACUUGAUGCCCGACAGUCUGUGUCCUUAACUGUUGUUUGUGAAUAGUGUUCGUAGUUAACCCAGCUGUAGGCCAAAUGCACCUUGUGAAACCAAAGUGGAUAACUUAACCUGCCUUUUGUUGGCAUGUAACUUAGGCUAGUCCAUUCAUUGUUUGAUUCUCGGAUCCCUUUGUUAUGUACUUUAUUAUAAAAUUCAAAAUUUAUCUGUAAUGAAAAUUCUAAUGAUCUGUCACUCU